AUGAGGGCAUCCCAAGACAAAGAUGAGCUGGAGAUAGCCCGUCUCGACCACCUCGGCGCCAGUCCAGCCGACCAGUUCACCGACAACGAACAAAAGAGCAUUGUCGGGCGCGUGGACCAACGCAUCGUCACCAUGUGCGGCCUCACAGCCUGCGUCAGUCUAAUGGACCGCACCAAUAUCUCGAGUGCAUUGAUUGCCGGCAUGAACGAGGACCUGAAAUUAAACAAGGGCAGCCGGUAG